CUCCCACCACAGCUAUUCGGAAAAGACUCACGAUGAAGUUCACUGCUGCCAUUACGCUUGCCUUUGCUGCCUCUGUCAGUGCCUACGAUGUCCCUAGCUUGACUCCGGACAACUACGAGUCUGUGACCGAAGGAAAGACCGUCUUUAUCAAAUUCUUUGCCCCGUGGUGUGGACACUGCAAGAAGAUGGCUCCGGACUGGGAGAAGCUUGCCGAAGAAUGGGACGGACAUGCUGUUGGUCUUAUUGCCGAAGUCGACUGCACGACCGAGGGCAAGCCGCUGUGCGAUGCCAACGGUGUCCGUGGAUUCCCUACUCUCAAAUACGGUGACCCGGCCGGUUUGGAGGACUACCAAGGUAGCCGCUCUUUCGACGAUUUGGCCACCUUUGCCAAGGAAAACUUGAAGCCUGUCUGCUCUCCCGCUAACCUAGACCUGUGCGACGACGAGAAGAAGAAGCAGAUCGAAGAUUACAUGGCGCUCUCCGACGAUGACCUUGAAUCGAAAAUUAAGGCAGAGGAAGAAAAGCUCGAAGCGGCUGAAGCGGAGUUCAAGGAAGCCGUUACCAAGCUCCAAGCCGACUACCAGAAGCUUUCGGAAGACAAGGACGAGAAGAUCGCUGCCGUGAAGAACUCCGGCCUGGGUCUGCUGAAGUCUGUCAAGGCCUCCAAGAGCAAGACCGCCAAGGAAGAAUUGUAAAUGUCUAAUACAUUUAUUCUUUAUACACG